UUUGCUUAUGCUGGGCUUUGUGUAGAUGCAGGGAUCAUCGGAUCUACACCUGCUUCUCCAGUGUGGAGAAGGCCACAUCAUGAGAAUCAAAUGCAGUACAUCAAACUGAAAAACGUGCAAGUGAAUUUCUGAUUCUCAUCAGAGUUUCUGAUUGGUCAUCUCUCAUUGUCUCGGAUACUGUUGAACUACUGUAGUUCUUCUGGUAAUGGCUCGCUUACAAGUGCUGUGAGGUAAAGGAUUCCAUGAUUUUGACCUGAUGACUACAAAGGAACUUGCAAUAUAAUUCCAAGUCAAGAUGAAUACGUGCAUGAAGAUGAGGAGAUGCCUAGACUAUCAACGAAGCUGGGAAGAGAGAAUAAUCUAUCUCCUGCAGCUGAGGCAGAGAAUAUCUCUAUUUCAGGGUUCCAUCUGAAAACCCUGUGUCCUUUGCCCCAGUUGCUGGGCUCAUCAGUAUUAGCAGAUGAAUACUCCAGACCAGUGGUCAUGGGCCAGUCUGCAUUGAGUUCAGGACAAUACUCAAACAAAGCAGCAUCAAUCAAAGAGAUCCUGGUAUCUGUGUCGGAAUCGUAUGAUGGCUUCAAACCAUCUACAGAAGAAUGUACUCCUGAUACAAGGCUUUCUUCACAGACUUCACUCCAGGCUACAAGUGCAAAAAAGCUUUGGUACAGUUGGAGCAGAGACGGUGAACAGCGGCAGAGUGUUGGGAUUCCAAUGACAACGUCCAAAGAUUAUUCGUGUAGUAACAAUUCAUUGUCAGCAUCACCUGAGCUGACCUCAAGUCAUGUAAUUUCCAACGCCUUCAAUAAACUCCUCCUUUCUGUACAGUCAACAGCUGCCAAUUGCACAGACUUCACUGAUGGCAGUCCAUCGAUGGUUGCUCUUGGAAAUCGACCUCCUCAUGGGAGCAACUAUCCGGACAAAGCACGGAAUUGUCAGAGAAACAGACCAGAGACAAUUAUGUACACAAGUUAUCUCUCUAAUCCAAGCUUCAGUGCCAGCAAAGCUCAGGAAAGGGAGGAUACACACUUCAUUGUUGCAGACUUGGUUAUUGCCACAUUAGAGAAUGUGAAAUGCAACAUCUUGUAUCAGCAAGCCAAACUGGGAGAAGAGGAUAACAGUAAUGUUACUAAGACAUCAGUUUUGAGGACUUGUAUUAAGAAAGAAUCACAUUCUGACUCUGUAAACUCUGAGGACAGUGGGUUUGAAUGCAGUUCUGCUACACGGUUGGAUGAUUCAUCUGAAGCUGACUCCAAGGACAGUCAAAAUGGUGAUGAUGCUGUUGGUGCUGAUGACGAUGAUUAUGAUGAUUUUGUGAUAAUAGAAUUUGAUGACCUUGUUAUUGGUUCUGAUGGUCCCUUGAAGUCAGAAAGGCACUGUCUAUCUGCUGAAUAUUUGGCUCGGCGGCUGUUUAAAUCAUUUCGGACUGUGUGGUUACCUCAGGAAACUGACAGACAUCAAUUUGAAGCAGUGGAAAUGGUGCUGCAUAAAUUUCUCCCUCUGAAGGACACUCUUCCUGGUGCUGAAGAAUCUGUGGAUCUGACUGCAGACUUCAAAGUAAACUCCCGACUGAGGGGCACAGCUGACUGGGCUCCUCCUCGAUUCCAGAUUUUAUUCUUCAUCCACCCGCCCCAGAAGAGAGAAGUUGUCGUAGCUGCUCAGAAUUUUCUGUGUGCUGGCUGUGGGACACGAAUUGAAUCCAAAUACAUCAAAAAGCUGCAUUACUGUGAGUACUUGGGGAAAUAUUUCUGUGAAUGCUGCCACCACAGUGAAGAAUCUAUGAUCCCUGGCCGAAUCCUAAUGAAGUGGGAUUUCAGCAAACAUCCUGUCAGUCACUUCUCCAAGCAGCUGUUGGAAAGCAUAUGCAAUGAUCCACUGUUCAACAUAUUGUAUAUCAACAACUCACUUUACAGCAAAGUCAAGGAGCUGAGUAAAGUGAAGGAACUUCGAGAGCAGUUGAUUGGUAUCAAGACUCUACUGAGAAACUGUAGACUGGCCAAAAGUGCGAUGGUUGAAUUCUGGCAAUUACAGUCCCAUUUAUCUGAGGAGCUGCAUUUGUACUCGUUGAAUGAUCUGGUAAUGGUGAAACGGGGCCUGCUGGUUCCAGGCCUAAAAGAUAUUCUGAGAAUUGUCCUUUCUCACGUAGAAAGUUGUGAGAUAUGCAUGGCCAAAGGCUUCAUCUGUGAGUUUUGCAAGAGUAGAGAAAUUCUCUUCCCUUUUCAAGCCGAGCGAUGCAAACGAUGUUGUGUAUGUAAGGCCUGCUUUCAUAAAGAGUGCUUCAGAACAGAACCAUGUCUCAAAUGCACAAGGAUCAAUGCACGGAAGAAGCUGCUUGCUCUCCAACAGACGACAGACUGAGCAUUGAAGUGAAAUCCUGAGGGAGUGUGUGGACUUCAGUUUAAAAGAAAAACUCUGUGCUGCCACCUCCAUGCUUUUUAAAAAAAAAAUGAAUAAGGUGACGACGUCUGGAACGCCGCUGUAAAUUUUUGAAUUGUCCAACAGAUGCACUUUCACUGUACUUGGUAAUUCCUAUACAUGUUAUUCUUCAGUAAGAGAGGUUACUUUGACAUUUUAAGUGACUAUGUGAAUUAACUUGAAAUUUUUCUUUCACCACCCCCCCCACCCCAAUUUGAAGAACUUGCCCUUCUAACUUACAAAUAUUAGGACUUAAUCUUAUAUCUUUUACUUUGUGCUGAAGCUUUGGGACAUGUGUAGCACAUUUUUAUGCAGGUUAUGAAUAGGAGUACUUGUAUAAUUUGGAUGUAACAACUAGUAUGGCAGUUUGCAGCAAAGUAAAACAGUCAUGUACAAAACAUCUGUAUUUAGUUGGGGGGAAGAAGGUAAAUAUCACAAACCAACUUCUCACACUUGUUUGUCCUUGAUUUUGCUGGAUGCUAAUGUUGGCAUUUUGUCAACAUUGCUGGCUUUUCACCUUUUUGCAUUAUUUACUUGUCUGGUCCAUACCUUGGGCAUCAGAAUUUGAAAUAUAGUAGGUGUUACUUGGGCACCAGCAGUACCAAAGACAUUAGUAGCACUUAAAUUCUCCCACACUAAUGUGAAAAGAAAUUGGUUAGUAACUUCACUAUUUUGUUAAUUAUCCAAAUUGUUUUGGGCAUGAUUUCUGUUGCAUAAUUUGUCUUUAGGCAUAUUGAUUUAAAAAUGUGAAGCUUAGAUAUGCUCUUUUUUUUCCCCCCUGUAAUUUUGCCAAACAAAAUCUGGCACUAUCCUCAAAAGACAGGGCCAUCUAGCUAUUGUUAAAACACAAAGCUUUUCCUAUUCCAUUCAACAGAAUGGGCCUCAAUUCCAAUUGGAUGUAUUCUUUUCUUUCUGUUUGGACUAUAGAAAGAUUUAGUGAAGGAGCUACAAUUUCAGCCUCUUACAUUUGCAAAUGUGUAUUAUUCUGUAUUCUUGUUUAAAUUUAAUUUUUUUCAAAAGUGUACUAAACCUUUUAAACUAUUUUAAGGAAGCUCCUACAUAAAUGCUAUAAAAUGCAAUUGCAUUUUAUAGUUCUAAGAGCUUGUGCAAUUGUCUACAAGAAUUUUUAAAGCAGGUAAUGUUUAAAAAAAAAGCGCUAAUUGAUUUGACACUUGCAUGGGCCUGACCAAGGCUUUUAAUUUUUCUUAAAAGCUUGUCAUUUUGUGAAGUUGUUUAGUACACUUAAAUUUUGGAGAAAGUUGUAUAGGAUCAGCCUUAUUUAACAGCAUUGUUGUAAAGAAUGUGUUUUGCCAACUACUUACUUGAAUGCUUCCUUAUUUAAAGACAUGUAAUUCUGAGAACCUCUUGUAAGAACAAUAUCCCCUCCAUUCUUUUUAAAGCAACCUUGAUGUUCUGCUUUGUAAACUUUAACUACAAACAUUUAUGAAAUCGCUUUGUCCUCCAUUUUAAUGAGGGAAAAUAAUUUAAAAUAGACUUAAACCAAUUUAAAAUGGCAGAAUAGAGAAAUUUUAUUUAACCAUGUUAAAUGUUUGUAAAUUAAUAUUCUCACAGCAUAAUUUCAAGGAUAUAUUUUAUAAUUGAGUUUUCGGUAUAGUUUGACUGUGCCACGCCAUAAUUUCACCCUGGUUCGUGUCUGUUAUGAUGGCCCAAGUAAGUGAAAAAUCUAUAUUGUUAUUCUUCCGAUGAAUAUUAAAUCUUCCU